AUGCAGCCGACUUUAGUCGUCCGGGAAGCCUGCGAACACAACUUGCGCGCCGUUUCCUUGGACCUGCCCCACGAAUCCCUCGUGGCCUUCAGCGGCCCGUCCGGGUCGGGCAAGACUUCCCUCGUAUUGGACACGAUUUACGCCGAGGCGCGCCGGCGCUUUCUCGCGGCGCUGGACCAGGAGGUGGCUGGCGCGCGUUGCGCGUGCCCAAGGCCAGCGUCAUCGACGGCUUAG